GUGUGGACACCAUGGACAGUUUUAAUCAGAGAUAACAAGUGGAUUUGCGUGUGGUGGUUUGGACAGUAAGUAGAUGCUUUUACAGUUUGUGCGACAGUCAGUCUGCUGUUUUCGAUUUUUGUAGCUAAUUUUUAUAGUAAAAGUUGUUUCUAGCUAAAAAAAAAUUUUAAAUUUUGGAUUAUUGUUUGUGUUUUUUUGUUUUUUUUUCCUUGGUUGGGAGGGUGUUGUUGUUGUUGUGUGUGUGUGUGUGUGUGUGCGCGUGCGGGGGUCCACAAAUUGUAUAAAAUAAGUUGAUACAUUUUCUUUGUUUUCCAAUUAAGCACAAUUUGUUUCCGGAGUUAUAAACAAACUAUGUUGACAGUUUUGGCCUACUUUAAAGACAGUUUAUGUUGAUAAAAUAUGUUGACCAGCUUACCUAGGAAAACUAUGUAGAUACGCUCAACAUAGAUUUAUCUAUAACCCCAGCACCUGGAUAUUGUGUUUACACUUGGUCUUGAAAGUACCGACCAAAAAAAAAAAAAGUGGAUUUUUGGGGUUGUUUUUGUGUUUGUUUGUGUAGGCCUACUUUUUGGGGUUGUUUUUGUGUUUGUUUGUUUGUGUAGGCCUACUUUUUGGGGUUGUUUUUGUGUUUGUUUGUGUAGGCCUACUUUUUGGGGUUGUUUUUGUGUUUGUUUGUGUAGGCCUACUUUUUGGGGUUGUUUUUGUGUUUGUUUGUGUAGGCCUACUUUUUGGGGUUGUUUUUGUGUUUGUUUGUGUAGGCCUACUUUUUGGGGUUGUUUUUGUGUUUGUUUGUGUAGGCCUACUUUUUUGGCAUCUGCUAUAGGAGGGACCAUAGCUCCAAUGAUACAGUGAAAGAAAGGGUUCGUCAGGCCAUUGGGGAGUACGAUGACCUACUGGUGAUUGUGAAAAAAACGCAAACUACAAUGGUACGGCCACGUAACAAGGAAACAAGGGCUUGCCCAAGAAAUAUUGCAGGCCACCGCAAGAGGAGGGAGAAGAAGAGGAAGACUAAGAAAAAUGUGGGAGGAUAACAUCAAAGAGUGGACAGGACUAACACUGGGCGAUGCAGUGCGUAGUGCUGAAGACAGAGAGGAGUGGAGGAGGAUGGUUCACAUGUCACCUGUUGCGCCCCUUCUGUUCAAGGACUAAGGGACAUGAGGAUGAUGAUGAUGAGGAGGAGGAGGAGGAGGCCUACUUUGGUUCUUUGGUGGCAACGAUUUGAAUUUUUUCCCCAUAGAAACUUAAGCUAUUUCAGGAAAAUUCAAUUAUAACAAUUCUGAAAUCCAAAUUCGAUCUGGCAGAUUCGGCAUUUAAAGGACAGGUCUCCCUCGCAUGUAAAGCCAUAUUCAUUGUUAUAGAAUUAGCAAAUAUUUCUGAUGAGCAAUGUCGCCAGUGGUGACGCUGGGAUGGGGGGGGGGAGGGGAGGAGGGGGUCAUCCCACAACAGAAGCAGUGGUCUUAACGAACGUCAGCAUAGACCGGGAAAUACGUCAUCAUACUCAACACAAAGCGCCAGGAAUUGCCACUCAUUGUCAACGUGUGCUCAAAUUUCAAUGACGGCAUGGAAGAAUGUCACUGACUUUUUAAUUAUUUUUUUUUUUUACUGCCACCAGACGUAGUCGAUGACACAACAAAAAAUAAUAAAGACAUUUUGCAUUAUUUUUUUUUUUUUCCUUGAAUGAGCAGCAGGGAACGGGUAAAGCCGGUCAUUGUUGGCGCGCUGCCCACGGCUGUCGUCUGCUGUUAAAAUCCUUUAUAUCAACUUCUCUUUUGUUCGUGCGCUGGCUUGCGUGAAUCUUCCGACGGCUAACUGACCCACUUCCCGUCAGCCUAUCGAGCUGAAACGUGGCACACAGGCUCGCUGCCGAUGACAACACAGUUUUCCCCGUUUUUCCCAAGGAAAGAUGACAGCAACAUGGUGACACUGAGUUCACAAAAUAACAUUCUCCAGAACUGCGCUUAACCAGAUUCAUUUUUAAAAAAAAAUUAAUAUAUCGCACGUGCGUUUGGUGCGUAAUAAUUUUUUUUUGAAAUAGUAAGUGAAAUAAAUCUGCUGUGUAAACGCGGGUGGGCCAUUAGAAUCUAAAUAUAGUUCAGGGGCGUGGGGAAAAAAAAGUGCGGUAGAAGGCUUUGUAGGAGGGGGCGGGGAGCCUCACACCCACCCCCACCCCCCACUGCUCGAUAAUACGUUUUAUCAAGGAUUUCUCCAAAAGUUUGUAUGUUUGGGUUUGUUUAGUUUGUGAAUUGAAAUCAUUGCAAUACAAGCUUAGAAGUUAAUGGCUCAGUUGUGAAGUGUUGUCAUGUCACAGCAGUCGUGUUGUCAUGACACAGCAGUCGUGUUGUCAUGUCACAGCAGUCGUGUUGUCAUGACACAGCAGUCGUGUUGUCAUGUCACAGCAGUCGUGUUGUCGUGUCACAGCAGUCGUGUUGUCGUGUCACAGCAGUCGUGUUGUCGUGUCACAGCAGUCGUGUUGUCAUGUCACAGCAGUCGUGUUGUCAUGUCACAGCAGUCGUGUUGUCGUGUCACAGCAGUCGUGUUGUCGUGUCACAGCAGUCGUGUUGUCAUGUCACAGCAGUCGUGUUGUCGUGUCACAGCAGUCGUGUUGCCACCAAACAGCGUCUAGCCAAUGUAUUGCUCAUCGCCGCUUGUAUUUCUGUUUGUAAAUAAAUCACACGUCCUUAUUCUCUUCCUUGUCUGGAGGAUUUCUUUUUUAUCAUCGUCUCUUUGGUACUGACAAUGAAGACCAUCUUUGUUACUGACAAUGAAAGCCAUCUUUGUUACUGACAAUGAAGACGAUCUUUGUUACUGACAAUGAAAGCCAUCUUUGUUACUGACAAUGAAGACCAUCUUUGUUACUGACAAUGAAGACUAUCUUUGUUACUGACAAUGAAAGCCAUCUUUGUUACUGACAAUGAAGAACAUCUUUGUUACUGACAAUGAAGAACAUCUUUGUUACUGACAAUGAAAGCCAACUUUUUUACUGACAAUGAAAGCCAUCUUUGUUUCUAACAAUGAAAGCCAUCUUUGUUACUGACAAUGAAUACCAAAUAAAGCUCCCAGACCUCAUUUGAAGUUUAUACUUUUAAUAUGUAUGAUCAAUAUAAUCCCCCCCUUACUCCCUCCUUUAAGAGUCUCAGCGGCCCCUAAAAUCUCCCCGAGCCUUUCGAUGCCCCCUGAGCAACCCCAACGCUCAUAUUGAGAACCACUGUGUAGCAGGAUUACAGUACUUCAGUGCAUGAGACACCAGGGACAUCCAAUGUGGGUUACAUUACGAAUGCUUUGUUUACACCGACACCGAAGUUUAUACCAUACCAGGGAUUGUGGCCAGGGUAGCUAUACACCCAUGACUUUACACCCAAGAUGUUUACACCAACGAUUGUGUUACACCAAAGAUGGUUUUGCACCAAAGAUGGUAUAUACCUAAAGUGAUUUUUCCCCAAAGAUGGCUUUACACCAAAAAAAAAUGGGUUUCCAAUCAUUAUGACUUUACUCCCUGAUGGAUAACCAGCAUCAGAAAUGGAAUGUCAAUUUUAAAAAAUUAAGAAAAUGUGAUCAUGAAAUCAGCGCCCAGGGUGCACCGUUUAAAACUUUCUGGGUUGGCUAUGGAGAUGUCAGGGUGCACGUUUUAAAUGUGGCACUGACAUAUGAGAUGAAGCACAGACAGAUCAGAUGCACCACCGAUACAUGACAUGUAGCACUGACAUAUGACAUGUAGCACUGACAUAUGAGAUGUAGCAUUCCCAUAAGAGAUGUGGCACUGACAGAUGAGAUGUAGCACUGAAAUAUGAGAUGUAGCAAUGACAGAUGAGAUGUAGCACUGACAUAGUAGAUGUAGCACUGACAUAUGAGAUGUAGCACUGACAUAGUAGAUGUAGCACUGACAGAUGCGAUGUAGCACUGACAGAUGAGAUGUAUCACCCUCGUUAGCUUAUGUUCCGUCGCCCAUCUUCUGAGUUUGGUUGAAGCGCAGUGUGAACGCCUGGGACGUGGUAGUGAUGAUUCUCACCCCAAGGUUUACCCGGCACGAAUGGAAGUGUUGUUGUUUACGGCCCAAGAGUUCAUUAGGCAGACAAUGGUAAUGCUAUCCCACAGUCCAGUCCUUGUUUUGUAUUGUAUUGCUUAACUCCAUGCCCCCCUCUCUCUCUCUCUCUAGUACGCUCUCCCCCCACCCCCAAUUUCUCUUUAUAACCCUAUCUCUCCAAUGCUCUCUCUUUCUCUCUAUAAUCCUCUCCAACCCUCUCUUUUUCUCUUUAUAACCCUCUCUCUAACCCUCUCUCUUUCUCUCGCAAUCCAUCUCUCUAUUUCUCUCUCAAUCCAUCUCUCUAUUUCUCUCUUCAUCCGUCCCUACAUCUUUCCUUCCCGUCUCUCUUUCUCUCUUCACCCUUCUCUACCUCUCCCUCUCCUUUCUCUCGCAAUCCCUCUCUCUAUUUCUCUCUUCAUUCUUCCCUACAUCUUUCCUUCCCCUCUCUCUGUCUCUCUUCACCCUUCCUUACCUCUUCCUCUCUCAAUCCUUCUCUCUAUUUCUCUCUUCACCCUUCCCUACAUCUUUCCCUCCCCUCUCUUUCUUCAUCCUUCCCUACCUAUCCCUCUCUAGCCCCCUCUCUUUCUCUCUUCACCCUUCCAUUCCGCUUUUCCUAUGUUUCCCUCUCCUCCUAUGUUUCCCUCCCCCCCCUAUCUCUCUCUCUCUCUCUCUCUCUCUGUAUGACAAUAGUGGUGUAGAGGCUAGUGGUGUAGAAGUUAGUGAAGUAGGUGUAGCAGGUAGAAGGCUAUAGACUUAUCGUCAAGUCAAGAACCUGUUUGAGACAAUAAUUAUCACAUGAACGAACGUUCGCCAGUGGCCUAGUGAUUUUUCUCAACUGAGAUGAAAACUGAGCUAAGUAUUUGUUGAAACAUACUAAAGUUGAUCCUGUUUGGUUUUCCAACUGGCCGGUGUGACUGUUUCAUUUCGGUCCACUCGUUGUCACGUGAUCUGGCCCUCUCACGAGCUCUCCACUGCGGAAACGCGUUCGGAAAUUAAGCCGCCCACGCGCACGAUGUGACAAAAUAGUCCCGCCCACGCUAACAAGCUAAAGACCUUCAUGUCCCGGGACUUGAGAGCGCCCCCCCCCCCUUUCCCAAGACCUGGCACAAUCAUAACUUUUGUGAUUUGGCGACAGCAGAUGUGGAUAUUGAAAAAAUAUAUAUUUUUUUUUUUAAAAAGCAAUAAAUAGACAGUAACAUGGGCGUAUGGAAACUACUUGAGAAAAAUUAAGAAAAAUGUAAAUGUCUCCAUCUCUCUUGACAUCUUAGAGUGCUCAAAUUGCGCCCACGUCUUCGAUCUGGUGCGCCAUUCUGAUGUCUUAAGUUUUCACCAGGCGACAUCGCUGCUUUCUCUAAAUGGAACAAGUCCUAUCGCCUGCACCAGACCGACAUGGAAAAGGUUUGACCAGGUGACAUCGCUGCUUUCUCUAAAUGGAACAAGUCCUAUCGCCUGCACCAGACCGACAUGGAAAAGGUUUGACCAGGUGACAUCGCUGCUUUCUCUAAAUGGAACAAGUCCUAUCGCCUGCACCAGACCGACAUGGAACAAGUCCUAUCGCCUGCACCAGACCGACAUGGAACAAGUCCUAUCGCCUGCACCAGACCGAAAUGGAACAAGUCCUAUCGCCUGCACCAGACCGACAUGGAACAAGUCCUAUCGCCUGCACCAGACCGACAUGGAACAAGUCCUAUCGCCUGCACCAGACCGACAUGGAACAAGUCAUAUCGCCUGCACCAGACCGACACGGAACAAGUCCUAUCGCCUGCACCAGACCGACACGGAACAAGUCCUAUCGCCUGCACCAGACCGACACGGAACACCAACCGUUCAACUGUUGAGAGAGGGCGUGCCAUUGUCAGAAUAGGCCGUUGCAUCCCUUUUUGAAAAGCGUUGCAGUGCGAUAAGCUCUUGAAAAUCCGUGCUGUGGUCUCACUCGUCUGUCGUGGCUUCACUAAUCAGCCUGAGUCUCACUAAUCUGCCGUGAUCUCACUAAUCUGCCGAGGCUUCGCUAAUCUGUCGAGGCCUCACUAAUCCGUCGAGAUCUCACUAAUCUGCCGAGAUCUCACUAAUCUGCCGUGGUCUCACUAAUCUAAUCGACUUUAAGAUAAUCAGCAAAGAUUGUGUGUUUCGUGUACAAUGCGUUCAUUCCUUCAUGCGUGGUAAUCCCACCAAGGCUGCACACAAGUCCUAGUCCAAGAAGAACGAAAACUGUAAUCCAAGCUUCUCUAUCGUCUGGUCAUAAGGACGAGGCUCCCCGGGAAAGUGGGGGGGGGGGGACUGGAAAUACUAAGGUAAGCCGCCAUCUUGAUGAAAACGGUUCCCUGUCCUUCCGUUUUCGAUAUGAUAAUAAAGGGUUUUGAAUUUCCGAUUCUAAAAAUACAGAAAGAGGUGUUCGUUUCCUCUUGAUAUAACAUAACUGGUUAUUUCUCCGUGGCAUAUCGCCGAACUUGGAUAACAUUAAACAACCCAUUUAAAAUCUUUCAAAAGGAACGGUUGAGGCGACAACAGUAGACACAUUUGUGUCUAUUGCCUCAAGCCUUCAAACCCCUAGUGUAUGAUUCCCUCAUCAACACCAGUAACAGAAACAUUGCAAAUCCCAUCUACAUGCAUAGGAGCCAAAAUGAUCAAUAAAUUGAUCGUGGGCCCUUAAGAUAUAGAAGAAGAAGAAAUAAUGUUGUUGUUUUUUUUAAUAAAUCCUUUAUAUGUAUUUUUGUUUUCAUUUAUGUACUUGUAGGUGAUUUAUAUGCCCGUAGUCUGUAGGCCUAUUGAUAAAAGGCCAGCAGCGAGGGUGUAGGACUGUCUGUAGGACUAUUGUUUAAAGGCCGGCAGGGAGGGUGUAGGACUGUCUGUAGGACCAUUGUUUAAAGGCCGGCAAGGAGGGUGUAGGACUGUCUGUAGGACUAUUGUUUAAAGGUCGGCAUAAAUUAUAGAAAAUGAGAAGUUGACUUUUUGCGUAGCACUUGGACCCAACUGGUAUUUUCUCAAAAUACCCGGACCCAGUGUUUAAAAGAAACCCUACCCCCCCCCCCAACCCCCGGUAACACCUAGUUUAUAAUGUUUUAAAAAAAAAUUGUUUCAGAAUAUGAAUCUACGUCAGCAAGUUUACCAUACCAAUAUGCUGUUUGUGAUCUUGGCCAUAGCACAAUGCAUCGCCCAGCAAAUAGGUAGGUCACGUGUCUGACUCGUGUUUCUUGUGCAUGUCUUCUAUGUCUUGAAUGUCUCGUGUAUGUAGCGCGUGUCUUGUAAAUGUCCCCUAUGUCGUUUAUGUAUCUCGUAUGUAUUUUGAAUGCCUCGUAUAUAUCUUAUUACAUGCAGUGGCGUAGCGAGGGUGUUUGGCGCCCGGGGACAAGAUUCGCGCCCGGGGACAAGAUCCAUUUUUAGCGCCCCUUUUUCUUUUUUUUUCAACUCUCAAACCCAUUAUUUUGAUCAAUAAAAUAAUAUCAAAGCACAUUUUUGCGCCCCUAACUAGCUGGCGCCCGGGGACAUCUGUCCCCCCCUGCCCCCACCACGCUACGCCUCUGAUUACAUGUGUCUAGUAUGUCUUGUAAAUGCCUCGUAUAUAUCUCAUAUGUGUCUAGUAUGUCUUGUAAAUGCCUCAUAUAUAUCUCAUAUGUGUCUAGUAUGUCUUGUAAAUGCCUCGUAUAUAUCUCAUAUGUGUCUAGUACGUCUUGUAAAUGCCUCAUAUCUAUCUCAUAUGUGUCUAGUAUGUCUUGUAAAUGCCUCGUAUAUAUCUCAUAUGUGUCUAGUAUGUCUUGUAAAUGCCUCGUAUUUAUCUCAUAUGUGUCUAGUAUGUCUUGUAAAUGCCUCGUAUAUAUCUCAUAUGUGUCUAGUACGUCUUGUAAAUGCCUCGUAUAUAUCUCAUGUGUGUCUAGUAUGUCUUGUAAAUGCCUCAUAUAUAUCUCAUAUGUGUCUAGUCUGUCUUGUAAAUGCCACGUAUAUAUCUCAUAUGUGUCUAGUACGUCUUGUAAAUGCCUCGUAUAUAUCUCAUAUGUGUCUAGUAUGUCUUGUAAAUGCCUCAUAUAUAUCUCAUAUGUGUCUAGUAUGUCUUGUAAAUGCCUCGUAUAUAUCUCAUAUGUGUCUAGCAUGUCUUGUAAAUGCCUCGUAUAUAUCUCAUAUGUGUCUAGUAUGUCUUGUAAAUGCCUCGUAUAUAUCUCAUAUGUGUCUAGCAUGUCUUGUAAAUGCCUCGUAUAUAUCUCAUAUGUGUCUAGUAUGUCUUGUAAAUGCCUCAUAUAUAUCUCAUAUGUGUCUAGUAUGUCUUGUAAAUGCCUCAUAUAUAUCUCAUAUGUGUCUAGUAUGUCUUGUAAAUGCCUCAUAUAUAUCUCAUAUGUGUCUAGUAUGUCUUGUAAAUGCCUCGUAUAUAUCUCAUAUGUGUCUAGUAUGUCUUGUAAAUGCCUCGUAUAUGUCUCAUAUGUGUCUAGUAUGUCUUGUAAAUGCCUCGUAUGUAUCUCAUAUGUGUCUAGUAUGUCUUGUAAAUGCCUCGUAUAUAUCUCACAUGUGUCUAGUAUGUCUUGUAAAUGCCUCGUAUAUAUCUCAUAUGUGUUUAGUAUGUCUUGUAAAUUCCUUGCAUACGUCUCCUAUGCCUUGUCAAGUCUCGUAUAUCUUGUAAAUGUAGUUUAUGCGUCUCAUAUGUCUUAUGCAUGUCUUAUUUAAGUCUCAUACUCACAUAGUCGAGAUCCCCUUUGAACUGUUUGUGUGUAAAUAUACAGACUGGUGCGAUCUUACGGUCAGAUAAUAAUUUGAGCUGGUAAUUGUGUGUUGGAAGGGAUAUGUGUGAAGUCCCUUUUUGGGGUUGGGUCUGUAUGUAGUAUGUUGUCAAUGUGUAGUAUGUUUUCUGUGUGUAGUGUGUUGUUCGUGUGUAGUGUGUUGUCCGUGUGUAGUGUGUUUUCCGUGUGUAGUGUGUUGUCCGUUUGUAGUGACGUACCGGGCGUAGUCUUUAAAAAAAAAUCAUUAUUUGCUUAUUAAGGUCCCCCCCCCCCGACACCAGUAUUUUUGUUAAGAGGGACUGUAGCCCAGAGUGACCCUAGCCCAGAGUGACCCUAGCCCAGAGUGACUGUAGCCCAGAGUGACUCUAGUCCAGAGUGACUGUAGCCCAGAGUGACCCUAGCCCAGAGUGACUGUAGCCCAGAGUGACUCUAGUCCAGAGUGACUGUAGCCCAGAGUGACCCUAGCCCAGAGUGACCCUAGCCCAGAGUGACUGUAGCCCAGAGUGACCAUAGCCCAGAGUGACUGUAGCCCAGAGUGACUGUAGCCCAGAGUGACUGUAGCCCAGAGUGACUCUAGUCCAGAGGGACUCUUGCCCCGAUUCAACAGAGUCCCGUUGUAAUGUCAUGGUUUUUAUCCUUCCACAGGAGCCACUGUCUACCAGGAGUACCUCAAGCCUCCCAUUGUCCGUGACCUUUUCAACACUGUCCACCCGAUUCCACGCCUUGGUAAAUUACGUCACAUCCAUUACUUCUUAUUCAGCCAGCAACUGUCAGAGUAUCCAUUCCACAGGAUAUCGGCUGCAGCCAGAGUCGUUCACAGCCCCGAAGAACUCAGCCCGCAAAGCCAUCAGUUUCAUUUAGAUCUCAAUAGGUCUGUCAAGCCGGCGUACGUUGUGCACGGUACGCACAAAGCGAUGGCGUCAUCACCACGCCUGAACUUCAGAAACGGCGUCCAAUUCGUGGCAGCUGAUAGAGGCUUUCUGGUCGACAAAUUAACGCGAGAUUUGUUGAACCCAUUCCCAGUUGGCAUCGGAAAUAAUCUAGAAAGCAUUAUGUCACGCAUUUCCUCUCAUAAAAGGAGUAGCUACGGUCAGGCUCCAGACCCCAGUUUCUUAAACGGUGCUCAAACCAAAACAUUUUCGGGUGCCAGUGAAUUUCCCCCCAGAACUUCCGAUCUCCGAGUUGCCCAACAGCUGUCGGAGGACGACCUCGGGAAACGUAGUUCACCGGAAACAGCGUGCAAACCACGCCGCCUGAGCCUCGAAUGGCUCAUCAACGUGCUCCGCCGUGGUAAAGUCUGCAUCAAACGGGCCAACAUACUGAGGUGGGGGGCAGGUGGACGGUGAGGUGCCACGUCAAUUUUAGGAUAUUUUGUCAUCCCGAGACUACGGCUGACUUGAAAAUGUCAAAUGUGCAAAGCUUCGCUGGAA